AAUGUAAGACAUUUGGUCCCCACAUUGAACGCGUCCCCCGCCGGCUUGUUGCAUUGAUGAGGCUCGCGCGUGUGCUAGUGACAAAUCUAAUUCAAACAAAAUAUUUUGCGGAUACAAUCAACACAACUAACAUUGUCACUUUGCAAAAAUCGCGUCUUAAGCAGUUCCGUGCUCAGCGAUUUGUCGUCAACGCCGCGGGGAGACGUCACAUGUCGAGUGAAGCCAAGAGGUUGUGCGUUGACAGAAUGGCCGCUAAAAAGAUCGGAACCCACAACGGAACCUUUCACUGUGACGAGGUUUUGGCCUGCUUCUUCCUCCGGCAGCUUCCCGAAUACAAGGAUGCGGAGAUCGUACGGACCAGGGACCCCACACUACUUGCCGGUUGUGACAUCGUUGUGGAUGUGGGAGGAGAAUUUGAUUCUCAGAGGCACCGCUACGAUCAUCAUCAAAGAACCUUUACAGAGACCUUCAACAGCCUGCUUCCCAACAAGCCCUGGGUGACCAAGCUCAGCUCUGCCGGCCUGGUCUAUCUCCACUUUGGCCGUCAGCUGUUGGCCCAUCUGACGCAGCUGAAAGAGGACGACAAGCAGCUGGAGAUCCUCUUCGACAAACUGUAUGAGAACUUUGUGGAGGAGGUGGACGCCAUAGACAACGGCAUUUCGCAGUGUGACGGCGAGACGCGCUACGCCAUCUCCUCCACGCUGAGCGCACGUGUCGGUCAUCUGAAUCCGCGCUGGAACAGUAAGAGUCAGGACACCGAGGAGGGGUUCAAAAAGGCUUUGGCUUUAGUUGGGGAUGAGUUUCUGGACCGAUUGGAUUUCUACAUCACCUCCUGGUUACCAGCCCGCCAGGUUGUGGAAAAAGCCGUUAACGAGCGCUACAAGGUAGAUCCCAGCGGACAGGUGAUGGAGUUCUCCCAAGGCGGCUGUCCCUGGAAGGAGCAUCUGUUCGCUCUGGAGAAAGAGCUCCAGGUAGAGACGCCCAUCAAGUACGUGCUGUACUCUGACCAGAAUGGACAUUGGAGGGUCCAAUGUGUCCCCGCGGGCCUCAACACCUUCCAGAGCAGACUACCUCUGCUCGAGGAGUGGCGCGGUAUCCGUGACGAUGAGCUGUCCAAGCUCAGCGGUAUCGAGGGAUGCAUCUUCGUCCACGCCUCCGGUUUUAUUGGCGGAAACAAAACGCGGGAAGGGGCCCUGGAGAUGACCCGCAGGACCCUGCAGGCCGCUGUCAAGUCGUCUGCCAACGGUGACUGCUGACCAGUCAGAAGUUUCUGUGGUCGGGAUGUUACUUUCAACAAUGUUCAUCUUGUGUUGCGAUGGUUUGAUACUGACCACAAUAUUAGGUACACCUGCACAAUCAAAUAGCGCAGGAGGCUUUAAAUGUGAUAAUAUGUAGUUUUGGUUAAUACCAUCCAAAGUUUUUUUAGUAUUAGGUCUUAGUUGUCUAGGCAAGUUGCAAGUGUUCCAUUUUUGGAAACAGCUCUUACUGAUUUCUAUUUGAUGGUGUAGUUGAACCUAAUGAACUCUUUUGCCAUCCAUUUCCAAUAAAAUUCACUCGUUA